AUGAGUGGAAUUAAUCCUGAUUUUCAGAAAGAACUUUCUCGACGUAAAUCGUCUAUGAAUACAUUAAAUGAAUUUUUAAGAUAUGCUAAAAUUGAACAAGAUUUAUAUGAUACAUUUGAAAAAUCUCAUCGGCUACCAAUGGAAUCUACAAAAUCUAAUUUUCAAAUUAAUCAUCAACAAAUUUCUUCAUUGACAAAUAUGAUUGAACAACCAAAACAACAAUAUCAAUUUAUGAAUAAAAUUAAUCCUCGCAAUGAUUGGAUUAAUUCAAAUCAUGUACAUCUUUUUGGCGAUCAGAAAAAAUUAACAAUUCCUGAUAAAUACGGUCAAUUAAUUUCAAUCCCGAAUGUGGAACCUAUUGACAUUAAUUAUCCAGCAUUAUUAGUCAACAAAAUUACUGUUCCUUCAUAUUCACAAGCAUUAGUUGAUAUUGCAUGUAAAGUUAGUGAUGCUAAUGAUUUUAUAUUUGAACCAUAUGAACGUCAUAUAUAA